UAUUGUUAAAUUUAUGAAUUUAACAAAAAUAUGUCUCAGGCGUCGAAAAAAUGUUUAGCUGACAUUGCCGAAAGUGUUAAUAAGCACAAUCCAACAGCAAAUCAAUUAAAAGAGGAAUACGACGAUGCGCUGGCAAACAUCUUCACAGAGCUAAGCGGAGAGUGCUUGGAACCAUUUGCAGCAAUAUUAUUGGAACAUGAGAACACAAUACUUACAAAGGACAGUACCAUAGAGCGCAUGCGCCAAAGGAUGUCACAGCUGCUGUCUCAGAUAAGCGAACAGUUCUGGAGCGCCAAUGAUGUAGCCAACAAACUAAUCACCUUGGAGGUGCUGAAGGAGAAGUUUGAGCAUUGCAAAGGCACCAACUGGAAUGUCCCUGCCAUGUCGCCAGAGGAGCGCACUCGUCCAGUGCGCAUGCGUCUCAUGGGCAAGAGCAUAAGAUUUCUGGAAAACCAAAUAGCUUCACAGGAGAAGGCACUGGAGAUUGCCUUAACCAAGAGCAGGGAGAACCGUGAACGCAUUCAACAUAUACAAAACGAACGCAUUAAACUAAAUGCUCUGAUGCAACAACAGUCGGAUACUAACAGAGAGAUUGUACCAAAGAUAUUGGAUCUGCUGGCACAAAGCAACCAAGAUUGAUUAUUUAGAUUGUCUCAUUGCCCAACAACUCGUGUCUAGCAUAAUUUGUUUUACUAAGUGUCGUGUAAUAAUAGUUUAGUAAACAAUUUUAAAUAAACAACAUAGUCAUAACA